CUGGAAAGGAGCCUCUCGUGAUCCAGACUGCGAUCCGGAUUGUGUGCGCCAAGCAGGAUACCAUGACGAUCAGAGCAUUGAAGACGGUGUCGACCGGCCGUAAUGGCCUGGGCUCUUUCAUCCUCCAGUGCAAGAAGCUGGACUUUCACUACUGCGACUGGGCCGGCAGCUCCAAGGGAAUGAACGGCUUCAUCAAGUCUCAGCUUCCCAAGUUCGCCGCCGCAAACCCCCAAGUCGAGUUCACCGUAUCGCCCCGUCCGUCGAAACACCCCAUCAUUGUCGGCCACUACAUCAAUGGCCGCGAAAAGGCCAUUUGCGUUCGGAAUAUGGAGCCAAUCGAGAUCUUGAAGAAGGCUGAGCUUCUGCGCGACGCCAACGGAGAGAAGUUGAAGAGAGUCAACAAACCGGUCAACAGUAUCAACCCCAGUGUCAGAGGUGUCUGGAGUCCUUACCACGGAAAUGGCAUGGCUGUAUAAACAUGAGAGGCAUGAGCGUAUCGAUUUGGAAAAAUGUGUAAAAUUACGAAAGGGACUAGGCGUGUACAGGACGAAAGCGGGAGCUUCUCUGCCGCGUGUACCAUACAUUGACCCGUCAGGGAGGGCAAAGAGUACCCCUUUAAGCACUCAAAAUUCAAGAAUCACAAACAUUUCAC